UCCUAUAUUGGCACUCAGGGCAGCUGGCAGGCUGACAAGCGUAAUUUUAGAGGACACUGAUGCAGAGGGAAAAUGUAAUGGGCAUUGGCUGGCAGACCCCUUCCUAUAGGCGGUAGAGAGAAGAGGGAGGGAGAAACAGCGGCCAGCAAGAGAGUCUCCUGAGAGUGAAGUCCUUUGCUGUGGCUAGAAUAGAUAGGCUAAAUAACCAAAGUGCGACACCAUUCUUUUUGAGCAGCAUGGUUUUCCUAACCCUCGGAUUGUAUCUUCCACUCUGGUUUUGUUAUGUCCUGGCUCGGUCCUCAUUUUUGGACCUUCUUGCACUUCCAGAAGGUCUCCGGUCGUCCGAGAGGAGCUUCACCCCAUGCUGUCUGAUGAGUCCCCCCCCACCGCCCCUCUUUCCCCCGCCCCCGUCUCUCUGGAGACGCCACGCUCAUGAGAGAGGCGCCUCAUCUGGUGACGGAGACAGAGGGAAGAUAGACAAAGAGGAGGAGGAGGGACGCCCCUGUGUCCUGGGGCCGCCGGGCUCUGCUGGCCCCCCAGGGCCCCAGGGGCCGUCUGGUCUACCUGGAAUAGGAGGAUCCAAAGGAGAGAUGGGAGAGCUUGGCAGACCUGGACAAAAGGGCCGGACCGGUCCGCCAGGCCUUCCGGGGCGGCCUGGACCCGUUGGAUGGCCCGGCCCACAUGGGCCCAAAGGUGAGAAAGGAGACACUGGACUGAUGGGUUUAUCUGGAGCAAGAGGACCGAUGGGGCCCAAAGGUUUACCAGGAUAUAAAGGAGAAAAGGGUUCUCGGGGUGAUCGCGGGGAGAGUGGCAGCAAAGGCGAUAAGGGAAAGAUGGGAUUCCCAGGGAUGCUUGGGCAGAAGGGUGAAAUGGGUCCCAAGGGGGAACCUGGCACGUCAGGGAAGCGCGGACCUACUGGACGGCCAGGCAAGCGAGGAAAGCAAGGAGUGAAAGGUGACUUUGGGCGGGUGGGCCCUUCAGGUCCUGCUGGCCCCCAAGGGUCCCCUGGCCAGCCCGGCCCCCCUGGUCUCCCAGCCACAGGACUUUAUAUGGUUGGAUCGAAAGGAGAGCGCGGCCCUACAGGGCCUCCUGGGAGAUGUAGUUGCAACUCUCUCAUGAGCUCACCUUUUGAUGACAGCGCCAGGGGCCAGCAAGCCAGAGUGCCAGCGAUAUUUGUGGUUGGCAGUCAAGAUGAACUAGAGCGUCUUCAAACGGACAAUGCUUUUGCAUUCCGCAAAGACCAGAGGUCUCUCUAUUUCAAAGAUGUGGAUGGCUGGAUUCCAAUUCAGCUGACCCCAUUCCAGUCCAUGGAGAACGCCCCAGAGGAAGAGGGUUACUGUGGCGAUGGAAUAGUGCAGAUUCCAAACGGGGAGGAGUGUGACGAUGGAAACAGAGUGGUCACAGACAGCUGUGUUAAGUGUAAACAUGCCUUCUGUGGGGAUGGCUAUCGCUAUGAGGGGGCUGAGGAGUGUGAUGGAAAAGACUUUGGCUACCAGACAUGUAAUUCAUACCUUCCAGGGUCGUAUGGCCGUCUAAGGUGCAGACUGCACUGUGUUAUUGACUCAACAAACUGCAAGUACUUCACAUGAAGGGUCAAAGCCACACAGAGCAAUGUAGUCGUUGUGUUCCCAAACACCAAGCAGGAAUAUAUUGAUGCAAUAAAAGGACAAGGAUACUGCAAAUAAAAGACUGAAAAAGAAGAUGAAGCCAAAAAAAAUGAAAAGAAACUACUAUAUAUACUUCUUCUGUACUGCUGCUCUCAUGCCACAUAGAUUGCAGGGGUUCGAAUGACCUCGACCAGAGUCCAUCCUUUCGCCCAUACAUAAACAAAGAAAAAAAAAAUAUAUAUAUAUAAUUGCACUCUUAACAUAACAGUCUUAACAUGUGAGGACUGAAGAGCAUUCUAUACGGCAUACCUGAUUGGACCACUUAGCCUCACCUGAAUGGACCAGUCAGCUUCACCGGAUUGGACCAGUCAGCCUCACCUGAUUGGACUAGUCAGCCUCAAGGUAAAGUGGGUGAAUGAAGUGGAAGGUUUCAUUAAACCUUGUAGCAACGGGGUCCUGGUUGGACGCUCAUUAAUCCUGACUUAGUACUGUUUAAAAGAAAGAAAUUAGGAAGGCUUGGAGAAACCAGGAUACUGUUUAUCCUACUGCUGAUAGAAUGAAUGACAAUGCACAGAAUUUGCAUGAGGCUAGGGUUUGGAUGGCCCCGGCGACAGCUGCCUCUAGGCAUGUAACCUAAUACUGACGCUAAAACAUUGCCAUGACACUCUUCAUACCUGUGCCCUCUUAAAAUCCUUCAUUAGAAAUGUGCAGUGACCCUUUUUAGGCAUAGAUUGACUUAAGUCAAUAUGAUGAUGUGUACUGGCGGGCAGGUGGAUGCAUGGCCAACAACAAAGUUGUUAUAAGGGGGGGGGGGGGGGGGGGGGGGUCCCGCUUCAAGUGUCUUGGCCUCUGGGAAUCCUCAAAGAGGGCAGGUUGUUACAGUGUGUUAUGGUAGCAGCACACAAGGUAAACUUGAUCUUCAUAUUCUCAAACCCAGGAUCUACUCAGGAACCAUCAGGUCACAUGACUCAAUGAGUCGGUUCAAUAGGCCUUCUGCACGCUACUCUUUGUGAAUGGCAGAUAAUGUUAGUAGAGGAACAUAUUGGACUGUUAUAUGGGGAAAUAAGCUUUAAUGUAAAUGGAGGAGGUCCUUCCCUCUGCUUCAACAAUACAUAUACUAUGUAUAUAUAUGUGUGUGUAUAUAUAUAUAUAUAUAUAUAUA